GACAAACUCCAUUUUCUUAUGAAUGGAAAGUGAAAAACCCUGUUCCGCUUAAAUUGGGUUCUUUCCUGUCCUGAGAAACACAACAGACCCCAAAAAGGCAAGCUGAAGAGGGAGCACACACACAGAGCAAGCGACAAGAAAUGACCAUGACCACCAUGCCAGAGAGUCUAAAUAGCCCCGUCUCGGGGAAGGCCGUCUUUAUGGAGUUUGGGCCGCCCAGCCAGCAAAUGUCUCCUUCUCCCAUGUCCCACGGACACUAUUCCAUGCACUGUUUACACUCCGCGGGCCACUCUCAGCCCGACAGCUCGUACAGCACAGCUUCGUCCUUCUCCCGACCGCUGGGCUACCCCUAUGUGAACUCGGUCAGCAGCCACUCGAGCAACCCCUACAUCAGUUCAGUGCAGUCCUACCCCAACAGCUCCAGCCUGGCUCAGACCCGGUUAGAGGAGACAGGGGCCGAAUCGGAGAAAAGCACUGUGGUAGAAGGAGGGGAAGUUCGCUUUAAUGGGAAAGGGAAAAAAAUCCGCAAACCCAGGACUAUUUAUUCCAGUUUGCAGCUGCAGGCUUUGAACAGGAGGUUCCAGCAAACUCAGUACCUGGCUCUGCCUGAAAGAGCCGAGCUCGCAGCCUCUCUGGGACUCACCCAGACCCAGGUGAAGAUCUGGUUCCAGAACAAGCGCUCCAAAUUCAAGAAGCUGAUGAAGCAGGGCGGGGCGGCCCUGGAGAGCGGCGCCCUGAGCAACGGGCGGGCGCUGUCGGGCAGCUCGCCGCCCGUGCCGCCCGUGUGGAACACGUCCUCGGCCGCCGGCAAGGCCUCCUCGGGCACACCGGGCACCUACAUCCCCAGCUACACGUCAUGGUACCCGUCAGCCCACCAAGAAGCUAUGCAGCAGCCUCAGCUCAUGUGAUGGGAGAGCGGCUUUCACCCUACUGCGAGAACUGCAGGUCGCCACAAGAAUCAAAAUUAUUAGAAGUGUAACGUUAAAUAAAAGGAAAGGAGAAAAAAAGGAAUGAAAAGAAAAGAAAAAAAAAGAAAAAAGAGAGAGGGGGGGGAGAAAGAAAAAGAAA